AGGGAGAGCGGGAGUGUCGCGGAGGCGGGCGGCAGGGAGAGGGAGCUCGAGUCCCGGUCAUGUUGCAGCGGCUCCGUCUCCGCACAAAGUUUGCCGGCGGCUUCGCUCCCCGGGUCGUUGGCGCCGCCGAUCCGCGCUGCGUCGCCGCCGCUGCCGCUCGCUGCUGCCGCCCGUGAGCGGGGAUCCCAGCCGGCCGCCCGGAUGAUGAGGAAUUCCCGGGAAGCGGACGGGUUCGAGGGGGAGGCGGCCAGCACGUCCAUGAUGAGCGGAGCGAGCAGCCCGUAUCAGCCGACCACGGAGCCGGUGCUACCCGGCCGCCGGCUGAACCUCAGGUGUGACCCCGACUACCUGCGCUCCACCCUCGGGGCGCUCAAAGUGCUGCAAGUGCUGCUGGCCCUGAUCGCCUUCAUCUGCAUCGAGACCGUGAAGGAGUGUCUGCCGUGUGGGGGUCUCUACCUCUUUGAGUUUGUCAGCUGCACGGCCUUCGUGGUGACUGGGGUCCUGCUGCUGAUGUUCACCCUCAACCUGCAUACCAAAGUGCCACAGAUCAACUGGAACCUGACGGAUUUGAUCAACACCAUCGUCAGUACCCUGCUCUUCUUCAUCGCCUCCAUCGUCCUGGCAGCCAUGAACCACAAGAGGAAAGGGGAGAUCGCAGCUGUGCUGCACAGGCUACCCAAUGCUUUGAACAGGAAAUUUUUUACGCAGCCAGAAGGAAAUUUCAGCUGCGCAGCAACAGAGGCUACGUGCAUGGGAACAGUAGAGGGAACAGCGUCCGUAGUCCUCCCACCCUUUGUGCCUAUCCAAACUUCUCUUCAAUGCCGAAAUCAACCUGCAUCCAGUGCUUAUGCUGUCAGCUCGUUCCACACUCUCACCACCCUCAGAGAAGAAGUUCCCCUCAGGUUCCCCUUAAAUAUUUUACCUUUCACCUUUAGCCUAUCACCUAGUCUCACCCAGCCUCAGUGGAAACAGCCUACUGGCAUUUACCCUAUGCACACUCCUCCAACCUGUGUACACUUCUGUCAAACCUCCCCUCAUUCUCCUACACUCUGGCAAAUAAAGUCCUAACCUGUUCAGCCUUGCCCUGUAACUUGGGUCCUUAAGCUGUGGUAGCAUCCUUGUAAAUUUUCUCUGUACUCUUUCAAUCUUAUUGAUUUUCUUAGGCAGGUGACCAGAACUGCGCUUCAUUCGGAGUAAAUGAAGCCAAACCAAUGCCUUGUACAACACAACGUCCCAAGUCCUGCACUCAGUGCUCUGAUUUAAUGUGACACAUCCCCUACUCUCCUGAUUGCUGAUGGAGUGGGAGAACGGGGACGAGGAGUUGGAGAGAACGUCAUAGCAAGGUUCCGUUCCCUUCCCACCACCACGUCUGGAAUAAAAUCACCUCACCCACCCACCACCUCCUUCCACGGGAAACGUCCGCUUGUGUUGAUUAUAAACCAAAUAGCUCCUUGUCGAAGGAAGAAUGGAACUGUUUUAAUUUUGUGCAUUGUCUGUGCACAAUAGAAGCUGCUGGAAAUGUCACCUGAAGUGCCUAUUAGACCAUAGACCAUAAGACAUAGGAGCAGAAUUCGGCCAUUUGGCCCAUUGAGUCUGUUCUGCCAUUUUAUAUCUCUCAACCCCAGUCUCCUGCCUUCUCCCCAUAAUCUUUGAUGCCCUGACUAAUCAAGAACUCACCAAUCUCCGCUUUAAAUAUUCUCAAUGACUUGGCCUCCACAGCCGUCUGUGGCAAUGAAUUCCACAAAUUCACCACCCUCUGGCUAAAGAGAUUCCUCCUCAUCUCUGUUCUAAACGGAUGUCCCUCUAUUCUGAGGUUGUGCCCUCUGGUCCUGGUCUCUGCCACUAUAAGAAACAUCCUCUCCAUACCUAUUCUACCUCGGCAUUUGCAGAUUACAAUGAGCUUGGGCAGUGUAGUCUCAUGUUUCCAUAAAUUAGAUGCCAUUAACUAUGACAAACCCUCUGGGCCACAUACUAAGGUUCAAACUAGCCACAGUUCCAGAUACUGUGAUGCGGGUCAAAGUGCAGGAAACUAUGUACAGGAAGUACUGUUUUGAAGUUGGUGGACCAGACUUGUCCCCACGCCUUCCCCUGGCAGAGACAUCUGCUGCCAUGACAGGGGCACUGUAGGUGGGUGAUUCUACCCCACUCUGAGGCCAGAGGUUCAAUCCAGAAUCAGGAUCAGGUUUAAUUACCAUUCAGACUAUACAUAGACACAGCUGAACACUACAGCAUUCCUCUCGGACCAAGGCGCACAACAUUGAAAAGUAGCAAUCAUUCUAAAAUAGUGAAUAACAUAAUUGAAGAUAUUGAGCAAAGUAUAUUCACUCGAGGGAACAAAAACACAUUGACAUAGUCUAAAACCCUGAGCGACAAUGUCCAGCGAUCGACAAUACAGUCGCCCGGCAGUGUACAUACGCACACAAUCCAGCACGUCACUACACCGGGAGGGUAGCACUGAUGGGAGAGGCCAGGCCCUAGCUGAACUUGAACACCACGCUGUAAAGCUUCUGCAUCUCUCGCCUGGUCUGCAGCAGCAGGCAAGCCCGAGGCUUGAGGCCUAGUUCUUGCUACAACCGAGGCUACACGCCUCCCAUGUCAACUGUCCCUCCACCAGAGAAGGGUAACAAACCUGCGGCACUGCCCAACAGAGUCUUGCGAUCGCUGGUGAGAUGUCCGAGACACUCUCCCACGGUUAUACUGCACCAACUUCGAUGCUUCAGACUAGUGGGCAGCAACACAGACUGUAGCCAGGUCAUCACCCUGGUAGCCAAACCGGUUCCUCUGAUAGCCCAACGGGCUCCUUCAACACCUUGGCUGGCUGUCUCUCCGAUAUGCCAACUUCGACAUCAGUCCAGCUACCCCGAUCAAUGGGCGGGCUCACUGAUGGAGUAGCCCUGCAGUACCCAACGUUCUUGGAGUAGAAUUGUAUUUCGAUCGUAAAAGAACUAAUUGUACAAAGAGAAAAAGCACCUUCGGUUGACCCGAGAGACCACCACAUUCGCACACGUUUACCGGAAGUUUCCAAGUACUGGUCACUGGCAUAUGUCAUGAAAUUUGUUAUGUGGCAGCAGAGUAUUUCAAUACGUAAUAAAAACUAUACAAUAUAUAUAAAAUAAAUAUAGUGCAAAAAAGGCAGAAAAAUAAUGAAAUGGUGUUCAUGGGUUCAUUGUCCUUUCAGAAAUCUGGUGGCUGAGGGCAAGAACCUAUUUCUGAAUCAUUGAGUGUGUCUUCAGGUUCCCCAACCUCCUUGGUGGUAGUAAUGAGAAGAGUGUGUGUUCCUGCUGGUGAGGUUCCUUAAAGACGGAUGCUGCCUUUGUGAGUUUGUCUACUGCUGAGGUUGCUGGAGGAAUUAUCAUAGGACUGUGGACUGUAACACAUCCUCUUUGCUCCUACAUUCUUGAUAGAGUUAUAGAACACUACAGCACCAAAACAAACCCUUUGGCCCAUCUAGUCUGUGCCAAAUUAUUAACCUAGUCUCAUUGACCUAAAUCUGGACCAUAACCCUCCAUACACCUCCCUUCCAUAUACCUAUCCAAAUUUCUCUUAGACAUGUCUGCAUCCACCACUUCAGCUGCCAAUUUGUUCCACACUCUCACCACUCUCUCUGAAGUUCCCUCUCAUGUUCCCCUUAAACAUUUAGCCAAUUAAAAAGUCAAUUCUCCCCAGAAGGAAGUUUUCCACAUUCUCCUUGAGUGACCUUCCACAUUGCAGUGAACAGAUCGGGAAUGACUCUCUGCUCUCCUGACCUUGGGACGGUGUUUCAGAAUGGAGGGGCUAAGGGCAAGGAUGCUGGAGACUCCAAACGUUAAAGCACAUCAACCACGUUGAGCUGUCAGUCUGGGUUUAACUGAAGGUGAGAAUUUCCUUGUUCUGUGUUGUGGUUUUUGUAACUCAUUGUCUCUAUUUUCCUCAGACUUCAGCUGUUCUUUCUCUCCACCAUCAGAGCAGUAUUUUUGUAGUUUAGAUUUUACCAGGAUUUCUGGAGCCACUUGUACAGAUUCUCUGUGUGGUGACAUUAUCAAAUAAACUGAUUUUCAC